UGCUGUCGUAUCGCAAAAUCCCGCUAUCCGUCACGUGACCCUUUCAUGCUAUAUGAAAAUUGGACGAGAACUUGCGAGAUCAGUAGAAUAACAUGGCAGGAAUCGUGAAAACAGUGGUGGGUCCUAUUCAACCCCUGCUGGAUGGUGCUAAGGGCCGACUGAAUGACUUUGUGCAAGGGGCUUGAGCCAUGGCAGAUAGUGGUGUACACAUGUGGAGGAACUGUCAUUGCCAUAGCGAUCAAAGACUUCCUGAAUGGGGAGGAAAGUUUACAAGUAAGGAGCAAAAGGACUUUCUUCAAAUGGGUGAAGAAAAUUCCAUAUGUGAAGAAGAAGAUUGAGGAAGAGUUGGAAAAGAAUGUGAAAGGAAUGGAGGAAUCUCUAGAGGGAUCUGCUUUUGUCCUGAAGUUACCAAGAGAAGGCCUGACAGAGGUUGAACUCAUGAAGGAGCUUGAGAGAUACAGGAAUUUAGAUAAGAUCCCAUGGGAGAAGGGCUUGGUGUCUGGUGCAGUCUACAGUGGUGAUCCUGUACUAACAGAAGUCAUGACCAAGGCUUACAGUAUGUUUGCAUGGACUAACCCACUGCAUCCCGAGGUCUUCCCUGAUGUUAGGAAGAUGGAGGCAGAGGUUGUCAGGAUGUCCUGUUCUAUGUUCAAUGGUGGCCCUCAGACUUGUGGAACAAUGAGCUGCGGGGGUACAGAGAGCAUUCUCCUGGCAUGCCUGGCCUACAGAAACAUGGCCAGGGAGGAACGAGGGAUCAAGUUUGCAGAAAUCAUUGUACCAGUCACAGCUCAUGCAGCUUUUGAUAAGGCCGCCCAUCUUCUCCACAUGAAGAUCACACACAUUCCCGUGGACCCAGAGACUAGGAAGGCCAAUGUGAAAGCCAUGAGGAGAGCCAUCAGUAGGAACACUGUCAUGCUUGUUGCAUCAGCUCCUGGUUUCCCCCAUGGAGUGAUUGAUCCAGUGGAGGAAAUUGCCGCUUUGGGCAAAUACUACAACAUUCCUGUUCAUGUAGACAGUUGCCUUGGUGGCUUCUUGAUACCCUUCAUGGGAAAAGCUGGCUUCCCACUGUCUCCAUUUGACUUCCGUGUUCCUGGAGUCACCAGUAUAUCUGCAGACACUCACAAGUAUGGCUAUGCCCCCAAAGGUUCCUCAGUGAUCUUGUACAAGGACAAGAAAUACCGCAGUUUCCAGUUCUUCAACCAGCCAGACUGGCCUGGCGGCAUCUAUGCAUCACCAACUCUCAUGGGCAGCAGAGCAGGAGCCAUAAUAGCAGCUUGCUGGGCGACUAUGAUGUACAUAGGAGAAGAUGGAUAUAUAGAUGCCACAAGGAAGAUCAUCAAUGCCACCAAGUACAUGGAAGAAAAGUUGCGCAAUAUCAAUGGAAUCAAGUUGAUUGGGAAGCCAGAUGUGUCUGUGAUAGCAAUUGGAUCAGAUGACUUCAACAUCUACAGACUCUCUGAUGCACUGGCUUCCAAGGGCUGGACACUCAACCCUCUGCAGUUCCCUCCCAGUGUUCACAUCUGUUUGACUCUGCUGCACACAAAAGAUGGAGUGAUCGACAGCUUCGUAAAUGAUGUGAGCACCAUGACGGCCGACAUCAUGAAGGACCCAGGUGCUAAAACCGGAGGCGCCGCUGUCAUCUAUGGUAUGGCUCAGAGCAUCCCCGACCGUACCCUUGUGUCAGAGUUGACACGGACAUUCCUGGACCUGUGUUACGACACAUCCCUCACCUCAGUGUCUACCAAUGGACAUAGUAUUCCCAAUGGAAACUGACCUGAGCUUGACUCAGCAGUGACAGUACCUAUCUUCCACAUACGACAUCGACCAUGCUCUUCGUAAUCUGGCUGUCAGAUUACAACCACUGCAACUGGUUAAGUUUCACUCGUGGUGUUGCAGUUUGCAUUUCCAACUAUUCUGUGAUUGAUUAAUUCAGUUCUUGUACAGUUGAACAAUAUCUACUGGUAUAUUUUGCUUGAUAUGUUAUUACAUAACUAUGACAAAAAUAACAAAUCCUUAUCUAAUUACUCAAAACUGGAUCCAUUUGGUUAUCUUUUAGACUGUAUUUGGAUCAGGAAUUAGAAAAUGACCAUCUGUUUACAUAUAUCUUUUUCAGUUUUAAUUUCAGAUUAUUUGUUUGAACUUAGCAUCUUGCCUUUUAAUCUAAUGAACUCUUUACGAGUUUGUUCAACAAUGCAAUCUGUAUAUAGUCAACAAAUAUGUUCUUACUAUUUAUAUAUGUAUACACUUUUGAACAAAUACUUGUACUUCUUUGUAUAUUGUAUGUUUUACUAUUUGAGAAGGAAACUUUUACUAGGUUUUAGGUAAAGCUACAUAUUUUCUGAAAAAAUAAGUUCUGUCAUUGUAUUGGAAUAUUAUCUGAAAGUGCAGACUUUACAGAAUUAUUACUUUACAAGCAGUUGAAAUAAAUACAUUUUUAUUU